AUGGACGAUGGUGUUGGUAUAGACGAGAUUCAAGACAUAAUAGUUGUUUCUGAGAAUGAAGAAAGAGAGCAAAGAAUGGAAGAUGAAAUUAAACGGGAAAAUGGUGAAGGGCAUGGUAAGCUGGGUAAUCUGAUUUCUAGUUUCUUCCACCAUGACGACGGCGGGGCCGAUGGAGGAGGAGUACGGCCGCUGCCGGAGGAGGAAGGAGGAGAUAAGUUUGUUUCUGGGAGUAAAGAAGCAGAGCAAGGGACUAAAGAAAAUGGGCAUCACGGGAAGAUUGGUGAUUUGAUAUCUAAUUUCUUCCAGCGUGACGAUGGGAAGGAAGAUGGUGGAGGAAAGCUGCCGGGGGAAGAAACUAAUAAGGCUGUGUCUGAAGGUGAAGAAGCAAGAACAGAGGAAAAUGGGCAUCACGGGAAGCUGAGUGAUCUGAUUUCUAAUUUCUUCCAUCAUGAUGAUGACCAAGGUGGAAAACAGCCGGUGGAAGAAUUGAAUCAGGUUUCUGAUGAGACACAGACUGAGAGUGGCGGCCGCCGCGGCGACGGUGGUGGCGGAGGGGGCCUUGUUGACAGUCUGAUAGCAAGCUUGCCAUCAUCACUAACAGAGGAUGCAGCUCCAGCUACUGAUGAGGCCUCUAUUCUCAUUCAUUCCAUUGUCCAUGACUAG